AUGCUCGCGCUCCACCUCCCCAUCGUCGCCGCGUCGUGCGUCGAGUCUCCGCUGCUGCAGGCGCCGAACCUCGAGCCGUGGGAGGUCACGCUGCUCGCGGACUGCCCGACGUCGGCGCUGGGCGACAUCCGCCCCUUCCACCUCAUCUGGAACGCCGAGGAUGUCAACGGGUCGCUCGCCGUGCUGCGCCGCCAGGCGGCGCGCGACGACUUCCCGGGCAACAUGACCGAACGCGAGCGCCGGUAUUUUGCCUCGGUGCAGGUCCUCAACGGCGAGCCCACCCCGCCGACCACCGACGACGCGGUCGCCGCCACCCGCGCGGCCCGUUUCGCAGCAUACCGCGCAGCAGUGAGCGCCCUCGCGGGGGCGUUCCCUGACGAUCCGACCGCCGGCUCGUUCGUGCCCUUCGCCACGCUCGCGCUCGGCUCGGUCGGCUCGUGCGCCUCUGUCGGUGGGCCUGAGUGCGACGCCUACGCCCAGCAGGCACGCGAGCUGGCAGCGGCCGCCUAUGCACGCAACAGGAACUUCCCUGGGACGAUACACUACGGCAUGCACGCUCACGACUAUCCGAACGGCAGCGUGUACAACGACGGCCUCGAGUAUGCGCGUCAGUAUCCCGCCACGGUGCGCGACGCCUGCCACUCGCUGCACAUGCCCAGCCACAUUUCUGACCGCGCCGGCCAGUGGCGCGAUGCCGCCGCCGCCAAUGGCGCGUCCGUUGCGGCAGCGGACGCGUUUGCGCGGCUGCCCGGUGCACUGGGCGACCGCGGCGGGCUGAUCAACACGAGCCGCGGCUUCGGAUUCGCCUUCAACGCCGGCAACUUGUACCACUCGCUCGAGUUCGAGGCGUACGAGCUGCUGCAACAGUGCAAGAUCGACGAUGCGCGCGAUCGGCUGACGCGCAUGGGCUAUGCGGCGGGGCAAGCGUUGCGGUUGCUGCCCGAGGGCGAGCCGGACUCGGCGGCAGCGCCCGACGCCUUCGCUGGCGACUUGGGUGGCGCGUGGUACAACGCGACCGCCUACCUGCAGUGGCAGAUGCGGAUGCGCGCGCGGCAGGCGUUGUGGCCGCUACUCACCGAGCUGAUGGGGAACGCGGCGCCGCCGCUUGAGACGGCGCUCGACUGGCGUUCGCUACCGUCGGAGGCUGUGCCGCCGCCGCUCUCGUGGUCGGGGCGCACCGUCUCGGACCACUCUUUCUACUCGCCCUUCUCCGAGGCGAGCUGGCAUCACGCCGCCGCGAUGGGCGCGCUGAUGCGCAUCCACCAGCGCGGCGUGCCGCUGCCCUACGUGCCUGACGACGAGCCAAUCACAAGUGUGUGCAGUUCGGCUGACGGUUGCAUCGCCGAACGCGUCGCGCUCGCGCUCGAAGUCAUCGGCGUCGCCGAGGCGCACUACAUCGGCACGGGCCACGCCUACGAGGCAGCGGGCGCGGCGGUCCUCGCGCUGCAGGUUCGGGCGAUGGUCAACCUGACGCGCGGUGACGCGGCGGCUGCACUUGCGGCGGCAGCGGCGGCGCGCAAGCUUGAGGAGCACGCCAACCGCGUUCUAUUGCGGCCGUCGUCGACGACACUCCUCUCCCUGCCCGCCGUCGCGCUACACGGCGCGCUGCUGCUCAUGAUGCGCAGCAGUAGCAAUGACGGCGACGGGGCCGCCGACGCCGCCGACGCCUUCGGCGCGUGCCUUGCGCCGUCGGCCAAGCCGCAGAUGCCGUUGUGCCUGCUUGGGCUCGCUCGCGCCAAAAAGGCACUUGGCGAUGCAUUCGCGGCGAACAGGAGCUACGCGGCGCUGCUCGAGGUUUGGGACGGUUCGCAGUGCGUCGGUGCGGUGGCCGAGGCGCGCGCGAACGUCGGCCCGUCGCCGGGCCGCGCUGGAUCGCGCCGGUCUUUCACCGUGCCCUGUGACUUCUCCAUGGGCUUGCAGUCGUCGGAUGUGACGCACAUCACAUGA